UACUACUACUCGUCACUUACGAUAUCGGAACAAUUUUUCCGGUAAAUUUUGUAAAAACGUAUUCAUGUUUUUGUUUACUUCUAAACAGUGUUGCGGUGGUGAAUACACAGAGUAUGACACCGACAAUAGUAACAGCGAUGUAAGUGGUGAUGACACCUGCUCUAAGCCUAAACAACCAAAGACAUCUUCAGGUUCAGGUGACCAGACUUAUUACACAUGUCCUGAGUGUAAAAAACAAUUAAAAACUAUUGCUGGAUUUCGUGGCCAUGUAAAAAAACAACACAACAUUGAUGCUAAAGCUAGUGAGAACAAAACAUUUAAAACAUCUGUCCCUAAGAGUGAGAAAAAACAUUUCCAGUUUAGUGGAAAUGAUUUUGACACAAUCUUUCCAACAGCCUUUUCUUCAACCCUGAGCAACAUAGAAAAUGAUCCUUUUCUUCUGAAUGAUGACAUAAGUGUUAUGUGCAAAUUUGCUUCUUCUUCUGAAACUAUUCGUACAAUAUUGGGAAAUAGAUUUAAAACCAUAUUUGUAACAAGUUCUACUAAUCUGACCACAUCUUGUGAUCGUGAGCAACUGUUUAGGCAGUUACAUUGUUUGAGAAGUGACCACACACUUAAAGAAGAAAUAACUGAAUUGUGUCUAACAUUCACCCCAACUGUUGUGAAUUGGUUUAUCCAACUAUUCAUUGAGGACAUUAUUGGUGAAAUUUUUGUGCAGCAAAUUAAGGUCGUCAAGCAAGCAUCCGACACACAACAGUCCAAUCUUAGUACAAAUGACCAGUCCAUCCUAUUUUAUAUAGCUGGUUUCAUCAUUAAGGCAUUGAAGAAACGCUACUCUUGUGUUUCCACUAAUAAAUCGUCCAUAGUAAGCAAAUUGUUGAACAGUACUAAUAACACUACAUUUGUUACUACAUAUGGAAAGUGGUUUACCAAACAGGACAGGGGUGGUCUUCAGAAACCAUGUGAUACAUUUUUCUUUCUAGUAAGAGAACUUGAAACGAUUGUUCGUAAAUGUAUAAGUCCACCUUAUAGUGCAAGCUCUCUGUCAUUACAACCCCUCAAAGAAUCAUUUAUGGAAUCCUUCAUGGUAAAGUACUAUACAGACAUUAUGUUCAAAGGUGAGACUUGUGAUACCAUGUCAUCCAUGACAGAAGACAUUAUUCAUCUCUUUCUGACUGUCCGUGGGUAUGCUUUCACCCGUAUUGAAAGAAAUAAGAUAAGUAACAGCAGCAAAGCUUCAUCUGGUUUACGCAAAGCAUUAAAGGAAAUAGUUUCUAAUUAAUCUGACUUUUCUGUGUGUUGUAACUUUGAUAAUGCUUAAUGUAGAUGUAAGAAACAAUAAUGAGUGAGAAUAACCAUUCCUGGUAUGUUGACCGAAAAGUCUUGAAAAAGUACACAUUAAAUAUUCUUUGUUUGUAUUGACUUUAUAGCAUACAUGUAUAUAUGUACUUGUAAAGCAUAAAGACUUUUGUCAUGUGCAAAAAAUGUAUCAAAUAAAAAUAUUUUAUUUUGA